UUAGCUGCCGACGCUAAACGGGUUUACUUUCCUCGGUUUUUGACAAACAAAUGCAGUGGGAUGCCUGCUCGGCCGACCGCCGCCCCGGCCCCGAGCCCCGGGCUCACUCCUCAGCCUGCUGCCGAGUUUCGCUCCGCAGUCCUGCGCGGCAUCCGCCGAGCUUCGCCCCCUUGCCCAGGUCUGCAGAUGGAUGGAUGCUGGGCAGGCUUCCUUCCCCUGGUCGGGUUAACGCCGGCUUAGGCUAAAGCCCCAAAGCUCCCACGUUGGGCCUCCUGUUUAUCAGCCCGCCCCCACCACCACUACCAAAGGACGUGCCCCUUUGGUAGUGUCGGGGCUCCCAGCCCAAGCGAGGGGGAGGACACCUCCCUAUCCCCUCCUCCCCAUCCGCGCGGCGGCUCGGGGUUUUACUGCAGCAGCCGGAGGUGACAGCGACGCCUUAGCCUCCUCCGUUGCUCUCAGAGCCCCGGCUUCCCCUGCAUCCGGAAAGCGCCCCCUCCAGAGAGGCUGGUCCCCGGAGAAGUGCCAACGAGCUGCAGAAAACCAAAUUUAAAAAUGUAGAAGUCGCUGGGCUGCAUUCCUCCGAGGACGAGCCUGAUCGCCCAGGACUGAGAGUGGCAGCGUGUGGGAAGUUGGGACCGUAGAGCAAGGGGGGAGGGGAGUGGUGCAGCCGGCAUUCUCUUCUGGAAGGAAUCGCUGGGAGCAGUGCUGUUGGACACAAGUUUGCGUGGGAGUGUUUUCCUUUUGUCAAUAAUUAAUCACCGGAAUCAGUCUGGCAGAAUUGGAGUUUUAGCAAUAGUGCAGAGGGCGGGGCCGAACACCUAACUCCAGGACGCUCCGAGCCACCCGGCGCAGUGGGAAGCUGGCAGCAGCUGGGGAGGAGCCAAAGCCUGGGUGCUCACCUAAGCCGCAGGGAGAUACACCCAACCGGGAGAUGAAGAAACAGCAACCCAGAGAAGAGAAGUAACCCACACAGGAUCAUUCCAUAGAGGCACAAGGGCAAGAACCCAAUCUGGACCCUCCCUGGCAGGCCGGAACAAGGUCCUGCUCCUGAGUAAUGUGUGUCAUAAGUCCCAGGUCCUCCCUGUUCAUUCUGGGAAAAGAGGUGAAACUUUAUCUCCUUCCUCACUGGACACAAAUCUAGACAGACUUUCUGCAGCUUGAAAGGAGCCGACCAUGGAUUUCAGACGUGUGAAGGACUAUUUCUCCUGGCUCUACUAUCAGUACCAAAUCAUUAGCUGCUGUGCUGUCUUGGAACCCUGGGAGCGAUCCAUGUUCAAUACGAUCUUACUAACCAUUUUUGCUAUGGUGGUAUACACCGCCUAUGUUUUUAUCCCAAUCCACAUUCGUCUGGCUUGGGAAUUUUUCUCCAAAAUGUGUGGCUAUCACAGUUCAAUUUCUAAUUGAUCUUAGUUGCAUUCUGUGAAUCGGCAUUGCCUCUGUAAAUGUUGCUUACAACUUACCAACUUACAUGAAUACUGUGUCUUCUUCCACUCUCUGAUCUGAAAAGCUCCCUUCUCUAUGCACUCUUGUAUCUUGCCUGAAAUGUGAGAUAGGUGUCUCUUUAGGUUCUUUUGUACAUUCUGCAUUGUGCAUCGGACCACGGAUAACACAAGGACCUUACCUCACAUACCAGCCGUAUUCUCUCAACUUAAAUCUACAACUUCAAAUUUUUUUUUUUUAAUCAGAAAUUUCAUAUAAAAUUUUUCUGGGAAGCUGGCUCCUAAGAGACCUACCAGAAUCAUAUUUAAAAUGCUCCCUUGAUACUUGUUCUGUACUAAAGGGUCUAUUUUUAAAAAUCUGUUCAUAAGCUCCUGUCAAAAGUAUCCUAUCCUUGUUUACAACAUAUGAAAAGAUAUGAAUAAAUUAUAUGGGCCCCCUAAAGUCUUAUUUUCUAGUAAACUGCUGAUAACUAAAAUUCUUUUACUUCAAGUGCAAAAGAAUAGGCUGGAGGCAAUUAUCUCUUUUCAGACACGGUUCAUGAAUUAUUUCAAAUGCCUUCUAAAUGUCUGGAUUUAUAACAGGUUAAAAUCAACAAUGUUGAUUUUAGAUAACCCAGUAAGUAUUAUGACACAAAAAUGUUAAGUGUAAGGAACAAAACAUAAUCAAAGUAAAUUUAGAUAUUGUGACUUGCGAUGCUGCCUGGCCUUGCGUGAUGCUGGGGAGCCAGGGGGAGAAGGGGGAGGGAAAAGAAACUGCUUUCUUUCUGUGAUUUCACUCAGUGGAGGGUUGGGGGGAAGCACGUAUUGGGCUACAGGAAGAAACGCUAAUAAAUAGACUGGAAGUAAUAUUCUACCAGCAGGAACUCGACAGCUCCAGUUAAAUGCUUUGAUAUAGUGACUCCUUUGCAGAGCAAAAACAAGAUUUAUUCAAUUUCCUUCAAAGUGUUUAUCUGAAAAACAAAUACAAGUUUUUAAGUAUACUGCUGAAUCAGAUGUGAAUGCCAAAGACCAAACCUUAUAGUUUGUCUUUCCUUCCAAUAACCAGUAAGGUUAGUAAUUCUGGAGGGUAAAAAUGGAAAUAGUUUUUGGACAAUAUUUGCACCUAUGUUUGUAUUAUGGGGGGAAAAAAAAAGAAAACAUUCCCAGGAAGCCCAGAGAGAAAGAUGUUUGGCAUGCCAAAUUAACAUGCAUGUUUGUUAAAAAACAAAAACGUGUUUUGAAGAUAAACCAGAUCUGAACAUGUACUGUUGAUUUUUGCAAAAUAAAAUUAGGUUUAAUUUUGUAAAUAAAAUAUUCACCUCCAGAUUUGCUUUUUCCUCA